AUGUUCCUGUUCGUCUAUCUGACGAAACGUCUCACUGAACGAGAAAGACUGAUCAUGGACAACUUCUGUGAGAGUAUUGUAAGUAUCCAGCACAAUUGUACUGAAAUCGUCGACAAUGGACAGGUUAUGAGAGUCUCCAUCGAAUAUGAAGGUAAGGUAUGGGACGAUGCCUCGUCUGAGGAAUAUGCUGAUACGAGGCUCGUCAAACAGCAGCCAAUACCUCGAGAUCUUGAGAUACCCAUUGAGAUCAUUGAAGAGGGCCUGCUGAAGGCCCACGGUAUCGCGGGGCCCGAUGAUGGCUCAACAGCCUUUAAAUAUGAGAUUUGUCUCUAUGAACCGAGAGAUAAAGAGCAUGAGCUUCUUGCGGAUGAGAGACGCCUCAUCGAGAAUACGGAACAGGAAGUGUGA